AGACCCGGAGAGCAUCGAAGCGUGAAGGAGGAGAAGAAACCUUCAAGGGCAGUGAGAGGACAAGAGAGUAGAAGGAGAUUGUAGUAGGAGACCAUUCAAGCAGUGAUCAAAGGCAGAAGGAACGUCUUUCGUUGGGUUGAACGAGUCAGGGAUUGAGAAAGGCAGAGGGAGAAGGCAGGGGGAGAGAUACGAGAGAGGAGAGGGAGGAGAGAGAACGCGGGUUGAAGAAGGCAGUCAAGAAACAAGAUAAGUCAAGAAACAAGUUCAAGGUCUGUCCAUCGAUACCCCAAGCUGUGAGGUUAUUGGAGGGAAGUGAAGGAGGAUCCAAGAAACACUCGCGUCCGUCAACCAGACUAGACCAACUCGUGCUCUCAUCAUCAUAUGCACCUGCUCCCUUCUUCAUGGCGCCCUGGGUUGAUUUGGCGAUCCUUCACCAGCAGGAUCUUCCCUCACGCACAGCAGCACCUUCACAAGGCUAAGGUUCGGAUCAUUAAGCGGCUUCAGCGCCUUUUCCUCAGUCAGACUCUCGCGAAUCACGUCGACCGGGACGUGCUGGUGUGGGUGCCUGACUUCGAGCACCGGGAGAGCCUCACCAAGUCACGGCUGCUGCAGAAGUACCUCACCAUCCACAAGGGCCUGGACGUAUUCCUUGAGCUGGCUCCCAACCCUGAUCAGAAUCCACAAGAUACCAUUAUGGAGCAAGUGGCGGCAUGCUUUCAGUCGGAGGACGGGUUGAGGAGGACGAGGUCCUGUCCUGCGCAAGACAUGUCAAUGACAGAAGUUUGCGUCAUACUGCGAGAUGUGUCAGGGAUGGUUCUGAAUCCGGAGAAGAGAGCAGACUUGCUUUGGUUUCAAAAGAAGCCGGCUUCAAUCUUUGCUGUGAGUUCAUCGAACCCAAAUGUUGUGUGUGAGUUGUCCAUCAAGGCAUGAGGACGGUGAUGGUGAUGGUGAUGGUGAGCGACAUGUAUAGAGAGACGACGAGAUAGGAUGAAGUUAGGGGAUUAAGUGGAUGUUAUAGACCGCUUGAUGUAAGGAAUGAUGGUGAUGAUGAUGAUUGGAUUCUUUAUAAUGGAGAUGAUGAUGAGUACGAUUAUGAUGACCUAGGCUGAAUUUGCACUUGCUUGUACAUAUGAUGUGAUCAACAGCUUCGUUCGUCAAAGUUGAGAUGUGAAAUUGGGCCAAAGCUGCCUUGUACAUAGGAAGAGAGAGAGGGAGAUCAAUGUUAUUAUAUCUUGUUUUGUUUCUUCAGCUCAACAAUAAACUGAUCCGUG